UUUAAAAUUAGACAAAUAGAAUAUUUAAAGCAGCUGGCCCAAACAAAUAUUGAUUUUAUACACCGCGGGAAAAAAGAGAAAAUGUGUGAGAGGAAAAAGAAAAUUUUGGGGGAGGUGUAGGGGGGAAGGGCUGUUUGGAGGAGGGAUUGGGGGUGUUGCCUUGCGACGGUUCUUUUUUUCUUUUUUUCAUAUCUUUUCUUUUAAAAAUUCGUUCGUUUUACAUAAUAUUAAAAUAGUUUCCAACCUCUCUUUAAUGUAAUUUUCAGGAAGAAAAAAAAUUUUUUUUGAGUGACUAAAAAGGAAAUUUUUGAGAGAAUAGGGGAAUAAACGAGCCUUUUUCGCUAAUAAAUUCAUUUUCCUGCAUUAAAAAAUUUUUUUCCUAAAAUAAAUUAUUUAGUUGGUUAUACCGAAACACAAAAUAUUGUAUUUUCCUACAUCAAAUUUUUUAAAAAUUCUAUGUCUGGCACUCUCUUCUUUUUACACGUUAUUUCUAUCUAUUUUUCUAUCUGCUAUUUUUCUUCGUUUUCGAAUUUUCUUUUUUUGAUAAAAAUUUUUUUAGAAAAAAAAUUUUCUAAUUUUUUUUUUGAAUUUCAAAAAUUCCUUCUUUUUUUGAAAUUCAAAACUCUCUUCUUUUUAUACGCUAUUUCUUCUCAUUUUUUAUUCAUUUUGAUUUUUAAGUGAUUUUUUAUGAAAAAUUUUUUAAAUUUUAAAAAAUUAUUAAAAAAAUUUUUUUUUAAUAUUUCCUUUUGAUUCGGGUUCAGGGCAGUUCACCAAAAACCAAUUCACCAAAAGACAGUUCACCAAAGGACAGUUCACCAAAAGACAGUUCACCAAAUGGGGUAGUUCACCAAAAGCCAGUUCACCAAAAGACACUUCACCAAAUGGGUGUAAUGGACAAUUCAC